CCCCCCCCCCCAGCCAUCGGCGGCCCCGUCCCGGUGCCCGGCCCCGGCCCCGCGGCGGCCCCGGCCCCGCCAUGCCGCCCGCCCGCGCCGAUUACCUGGCGCCCUGGUGGGCGGCCUGGCUGCACGGGGUGCCGCACCGCGACCUGCGCCUGCAGCCCGUGCCCGCCGCCUUCCGCCCGCGGGACCCCGAAUACCAGCAGUCGCUGCUUUUCCUGGGCUUGGUGGCCACCGUCUGCCUCGGCCUCAACCUCCUCUUCCUCACCGCCUACCUGAUCUGCCUGUGCUGCUGCAAGAGGGACGAGGAGCCCGACGCCAAGCGGCCCCACUCCUGCUGUGUCACCUGGAUGGCCGUCACCGCCGGGCUCAUCUGCUGCACGGCCGUCGGCAUCGGCUUCUAUGGGAACAGCGAGACCAACGACGGGGUCUACCAGCUGCUCUACGCCCUGGACAACGCCAACCACACCCUGACCGGCAUCGACUCGCUGGUAGGGCUGCGGGGCAGGGACCCCCGACCCCCUCCGUGCCCCCCCAGGCGCUGCUCUGCCUUCCUGCGGCUUCUCCCCGCCGUCUCCUGGGGCAGAAGGCGCUGGGAAACCCGCCGUGGAACGGGGCCGGUGCUCCGGGCAGGGGGCUGCAGGGGACCCUCCCCAGCCCUGCUGCAGGGCUGGGCUGAGCCCCCGUGGCCGAGCGCGGGAGGCUGACGUCAGCCCGGCAGAAUGGGGCCUUUGUGCCUUGUUAUCCGGGGCCGUCCCCGCCGGGCUUCUGCCACCCUUCCCCUUCCCUGCUGCACCCCUCGGCGCCGCGGUUGGUUUGGGGACCCAGAUACUUGCCUUUGGAGGGUGUCAGCCUGCCCAGCUCUCAUUAGGCUGCCCUUCAGCUUGUCCUUGGCCAG